CGCCGGGAGCGCGCACCUCCCGUCCUCGCGCGGGUCUCUUUGGUCUCUUAGAGCCGCACAUUACCCGGAGCUUCUGCCAGGGCCGUCGCCUCCGCCGCGGCUCUAGCGCGGCGGCUCAGCCUCAGCUCCUCAGCGCCGCCUCUCCGAGCAGCUCCCAUCCUCCGCCACUCCCUGUCCCUUUCCCGCCCUUCUCUCCCACCGAGAGAGCCUGGAUUCGAAGCUAGCGGGCUUGAGAAGGGGGCUAGGAAAAUGGAGGUGCCGCGCCUGGAUCAUGCCCUCAACAGCCCCACCAGCCCCUGUGAAGAGGUGAUCAAAAAUCUCAGCCUGGAGGCCAUUCAGCUUUGCGACCGGGACGGGAACAAAUCACAAGACAGUGGCAUAGCAGAGAUGGAAGAACUUCCCGUACCACAUAACAUCAAAAUAAGUAAUAUUACAUGUGACUCAUUCAAGAUUUCGUGGGAAAUGGAUUCAAAGUCAAAGGACCGUAUUACACACUAUUUCAUUGACCUCAACAAAAAGGAGAACAAGAACUCCAAUAAAUUUAAACACAAGGAUGUUCCAACAAAAUUAGUGGCAAAAGCUGUUCCCUUGCCAAUGACUGUCCGUGGGCACUGGUUUUUGAGCCCCAGAACUGAGUAUACGGUAGCAGUACAGACUGCUUCAAAACAAGUUGAUGGUGAUUAUGUUGUGUCUGAAUGGAGUGAAAUUAUAGAAUUCUGCACAGCAGACUAUUCAAAAGUUCAUCUAACACAGCUGUUGGAGAAGGCUGAAGUGAUUGCAGGACGGAUGCUAAAAUUUUCUGUUUUUUAUCGUAACCAGCACAAAGAAUAUUUUGAUUAUAUUCGAGAACAUCAUGGGAAUGCCAUGCAGCCCUCUGUGAAGGAUAACAGCGGUAGCCAUGGCUCUCCUAUCAGUGGAAAAUUAGAAGGCAUCUUCUUCAGCUGCAGCACUGAAUUCAACACUGGGAAGCCACCCCAGGAUUCACCUUAUGGAAGAUACAGGUUUGAGAUUGCUGCUGAAAAACUUUUUAACCCCAAUACUAACUUAUACUUUGGGGACUUCUACUGUAUGUACACAGCUUAUCAUUAUGUGAUUCUUGUUAUUGCCCCUGUGGGAUCACCAGGAGAUGAAUUUUGUAAGCAGCGCCUUCCUCAGCUAAAUUCCAAGGAUAAUAAAUUUUUGACCUGCACAGAAGAAGAUGGGGUGCUGGUUUACCACCAUGCCCAGGAUGUCAUUUUAGAAGUCAUUUACACCGACCCUGUGGAUCUUUCUCUGGGCACUGUGGCAGAAAUCACUGGUCAUCAGCUCAUGAGUUUGUCUACUGCAAAUGCAAAGAAAGAUCCCAGCUGCAAAACCUGUAAUAUCAGUGUUGGACGUUAAUGCCCACUUUUCUUAUUCAGUCCCCUUCCUUCUCUUCGGAGCAUUGAUACUCUGUUGUCCAUUUUCAUCACCAGAUGUUUUCCACUGAAGCAUGCACAUGCCGCUAUCACCAAAAGCAAACGGCCACUUUUCAAAUUUCAUUCAGAGCCGUUUUAGUGUUUCCUAUUCCCUACCCUUCCCAUUUCAUUCUACGUUCUACUUCUGACACUUUAUUGCCUAGAUGCUGCAAUGUUUUUAUUUUCCCUCUAUGCCAAACAUAACAAAACAAUUAUAUACCGCUUUAGCAAAAUACAAAAUAAUGGCUUAUAAAUGGUGUUUAAAUAUGCAUUCAUUUUAAUCUACUGAACAAAUAUUGGGAUAACUCCAACUCGCAUGAAAGGGUGUAAUUGCAGCAUGAGUUAAAUCUUGAAGCCUAGAAUUGUCAGCACUUCCAACUUGUUGUUUGACAGUGUUAUUUAUGUUAUUUAUAUUAGCUAACAGGAAACAACUACUGUGUUUCAACAUAAUAAAUAUAAUAGAAAAAUAUUUUAUUUGUAUUGUUGUAUAAAAUAUUUACAAUCAUAUAGAAUAUAUAGUUACAUUUUAAUAGCAAUUGUGUACAUGUCACGAAACCAUUUCCCUUAUCAAAGAUGUAGUUUGUAAACCUCAAAUAGUUGUGUAUCUGUCCUGUUACAAGUAGAUGACUUUAAUUAAACAGAUUUAUGAAGGACAUUAUUCUGCUUCAUAAAAGUUACAAAAUAUCAGGUAAAUACAGAAAAAACAAUAAGAGCCUCUGAAAUAGUCAAUAUUCUUCCUGUCCAAACUAUAUGAAAAUGUGAAUUUGUUCAACAUGCUUAAACAUUACAGAAAAUAGAAAUACAAACAUGGUUGGUACAAGAGAGAAAACGACCUUUUACUUGUUUUUACAAAAGCAAAAAUAAUAAACAUGUAUUUUAGUACAAAAUAACAAAACAAUGUACACUAAAGUUGAUGAAGCAAAUAAAAUAUUCUGACUUCUUUUCCAAGGUAUCAUAGCAAACAAUUUUCAAACCUUUCAUUUUGUACAGAAUGAAGAUUAACUACAGUUUACGAGAAAGCUUUUUUGACUUUACAAAGUAUAGACCUUGGAACAUUAAGAAAAAUGCAUAUUCCCAAUGGAAAAAUAGUUAUAUAAUCUUAGUUAUAGUAAACAAAAAGAUUAGCAAUCAUAACUGUGAUCACAUUAGAUUAUAUACUGCAGACACUUAUCUAUCCAAAAUACCUAUUUUCAAAUUUUAAUACAAUAUUUUAAUAUAAACAUCUGUCAGUUAUAGACAAAGAUAAUUCACAAAGUACAUGCUAUCAGAAUGAACUUUGGUAAUCAGAAAUGUAAAAUUUCAAUUAACAGAUAAAAUAAUGUGCUAUUUUUAUAUAGAAAUAAAAAAUUAGCAGUGACACAUUCUAGUAUAUUUUAGGGUACUGAAAGCCUAGCAGACAGGGGACAAGGUAGGAGAUUUUAAUCACUUAAAAAUCUAUUAGUUUCAAAUAAGUUACAUUCUUACUAUCUGUAUUCCUUCCUAGAUAAAAAGAAGAGUUUCUUUUCCUCCUAUUUUUUUUUAAAUCAUGCUUUUCCCCCCAUACAUCAACAUAAGCAAUCUUUGGACAUUAAGUAGACUUUCCCUAAUAAGUGGCCCAUUGAACAAGUGGAUGCUAUGUGUUAUUUAGAUUUGAUAAAAUAUUAAAUGUUUUCCAAAA